AUGCAAGACCCCACCAUGUCCAAACCAGACAUCGUUCACAAUGAAGCGGCAGAGCAGCAGAAGGGGGACAAACUCGUGGACAAUAGUGGCAUUGUACGCGUCCCCUUGACCGAAGAAGACAGCAAGCGCAUCUGUCGCAAGACCGACAGGACUAUUCUAGUUGUUCUCAUCUGGGUCUACUUCUUGCAGAUUCUCGAUAAGACAGUCCUGGGAUACGGUGCAACAUUCGGUUUACAGAAAGACACCGGUCUUACUGGCAACGAAUACUCGCUGAUCGGCUCAAUCGGACCAAUUGCACAACUUGCCUGGCAGCCCUUUUCUUCAUACCUGAUAGUCAAGGUUCCCCACAAAAUCCUUAUGCCAGUGCUAUGCCUUGGGUGGGGUAUUGCGCAGACAUGCAUGGCUGGAUGCCACAACUUCGGCUCCUUGAUGGCCGCUCGAUUUUUUCUCGGCCUGUUUGAGGCGGGGUGUCUCCCUCUCUUUGGUGUUAUCACGAGUCAAUGGUACCGCCGUGCAGAGCAACCGAUACGGAUCGCUGCGUGGUAUAGUACCAAUGGCCUAGCAACUAUCGUCGCAGCUGCUUUGUCGUACGGAUUGGCGCAGAUAGAGUCAGACGUGCUCAAAUCAUGGCAGAUCAUAUUUCUCGUGGUUGGCUUGAUAACUGUCGCAUCUGCUCCAAUCGUCUACUGGCGUCUGGACAACGAUAUAUCCACCGCUCGCUUCCUUAGUGAGGAGGAGAAAGCCCAAGGAAUGGAGCGCCUUCGAGCUAACCAGACUGGAACUGGAAACACCGAGUUCAAGUUCAGUCACGUCCUCGAGGCCUGCUUAGAGCCCAAAACAUAUCUCUGGAUUGGAAUGGCAAUGCUCCUCAACAUCGGCGCCAGCGUGACCAACAUCUUCGGUCCACUGAUUUUAAGCGGCCUUGGCUACGAUAAAUACAGGACAACUCUGCUGACAAUGCCAUUUGGCGCGUUGCAAUUCCUCAUCAUUCUGCUGGCAAGUUAUCUUGCCCAAACCGCUCGUGUGAAGGGCGCUAUCAUCGCGGCUUUCAUGCUGCCUGUGAUAGCAGGCCUAGCAAUUUUGUAUGCAGUGGCUCGGACCAAGUCUGUGCAGGGCCAGUUACUUGCUGGUUACUAUCUACUGGCAUUCUUAUUUGGGGGCAAUCCAUUGAUUGUGACCUGGAUCAUCGGCAACACGGCAGGCACCACCAAGAAGUCCGUCAUCAUGAGUUUGUACAACGCAGCAAGCUCGGCAGGAAAUAUCGUUGGCCCGUUGCUCUUCAAUGAGAAGGACAAGCCAGCCUACCACCCAGGCCUGCGGGCAUGUCUCGGAAUUUUCAGCACCUUGGCCGCUGUUGUUCUUAUUCAGUGGGGCAAUCUAUGGUUCCUCAACAAACAACAAGCCCGUCGACGUGUACGGAAUGGCAAGAGAGCUGAAAUAGUUGACCUUUCGAUGCAAAAUAAUUAUCACGACAUGCAUGAUAACCUAGAGGAGACUGGACAUGAGAUUGUGCAAGUUGGGGACAAUGCGUUUCAAGAUCUGACUGAUCGGGAGAAUGAUGAAUUUGUUUAUAUCUAUUGA